UCAGGCUGCACUCCCCAGGCCUGGUCCUGCCCAGGGUAGGGUGUUCCCCAUGGUGAUUAGCGGGCAGGAAGAUGGACCGUGGCCAGACAUGCCAUUGAGGUGAACACAAGAGUGGUCUUUGAUCUACUUUGGCCAAGCCCAGUUCUUGAAAGGGAUAAAACUCCAGGUGAGUGCAGGCAAGCCAGAAUCUCAAGGCUAUCCUCUCUUGCCAUUGCUGUGCUGCCCUUUGACGCCAGCUUCCACCAUGACCCAGCGAUCUUCUGUGACCAUCAAGUCUGGGGGCACACGGAACUUCAGUGCCUCCUCAGCCAGCCUCCUCCCUGGCUGCCGGCCUGGUUUUAGCUCUGUCUCCAUGUCCCAGAGCGGGAAGAGUUUUGGAAGCGGCUUUGGGGGUGGUUUUGGGACAAGAAGCCUACACAGCUUUGGGGGUAACAAGAGAAUCUCCAUCGGUGGGGGCUACCGCUCCAGCCGGGCCAGCUUUGGAGGUGCUGCCUGUGGGCUAGGUGUCAGCGGCAUAGGGUACAGAGUUGGGGGAGCCUACGGUGGGUAUGGAUUUGGAGGUGGGAUGGCCCCUGGAGCUGGAGGCAUCCAUGAAGUCACUGUCAACCAGAGUCUCCUCACCCCUCUGCAUCUGGAGAUUGAUCCAUCUCUCCAGCGGGUUCGAAAGGAGGAGAAGGAGCAGAUCAAGAGCCUCAACAACAAGUUUGCCUCCUUCAUAGACAAGGUGCGGUUCCUAGAGCAGCAGAACAAAGUCCUAGAGACCAAAUGGAGCCUCCUGCAAGAGCACAAAACAACCAGGACCAAUCUAGAGCCCAUGUUUGAAGCCUACAUCACCAACCUGAGGCGCCAGCUGGAGUGUCUGGGAGGAGAGCGGGGCAGGCUGGAGACAGAGCUGAAGAGUAUGCAGGAUGUGGUGGAGGACUUCAAGAACAAGUACGAAGAGGAAAUCCAUAGGCGCACGGCGGCAGAGAAUGAGUUUGUAGUACUCAAAAAGGAUGUAGAUGCUGCCUACAUGAACAAAGUGGAAUUAGAAGCCAAGGUGGAUGCCCUGAUGGAUGAGAUCAACUUCCUGAGAGCUUUCUAUGAGGCGGAGCUGGCUCAGCUUCAGGCUCAGAUCUCUGAGACCUCUGUAGUCCUCUCCAUGGACAACAACCGAAGCCUGGACCUAAACAGCAUCAUUGCCGAGGUCAAGGCCCAAUACGAGGACAUUGCCAACCGCAGUCGGGCAGAGGCUGAAUCCUGGUACCAGACCAAGUAUGAGGAGCUGCAGCGGUCUGCUGGCCAGCAUGGUGAUGACCUCCGUACCACUAAGAUGGAGAUCUCUGAGCUGAACAGGGCCAUGCAGAGACUGCGUUCUGAGAUUGAUAACCUAAAGAAGCAGUGCGCCACACUCCAGGCUUCCAUCGCUGAUGCUGAGCAGCGUGGGGAGCUGGCUCUCAAAGAUGCCAAGCACAAGCUGGCAGAGCUAGAGGAGGCCCUGCAGAAGGCCAAGCAGGACAUGGCUCGGCAGCUUCGCGAGUACCAGGAGCUCAUGAAUGUCAAGCUGGCCCUGGACAUUGAGAUUGCCACUUACCGCAAGCUGCUGGAGGGUGAGGAGUGCAGGCUCACCGGAGAAGGUGUUGGCGCCGUGAACAUCUGUGAGUAUGACCAUGUAUCCUGUGCCUUCUUUUUUUCAGCGGUGGUCUCUUCCUCCGGAGGCACAGGCUAUAGCGGAGGUGGUGGCCUCUGCAUGAGUGGCAGCAGUUACAGUGGAGGUGGCUACGGUGGGAGUGGCCUCUGCUAUGGUGGCGGAGGGAGCAGCGGUUUUAGCUCCACCAGUGGUCGCAGUGUGAGUGGUAGCAGCUCAAGCAUGAGAAUUGUCUCCAAGACAUCAUCCAGCAAGAAGAGUUACAGGAACUAAAAUGCUACUUGUCUUGGCACCGUCCCCAGGCCCCCAACUCCCCAGCACUAAGGCCUGAUGCUUAGCCCAUGCUCACAAUCCCCAGCAAGAAACACUGACACCAAGUGACCUCUGGGUUUUAGAUUACCUUGUCCAUCCUCAGCCUCCAGGCAGGAUGCUGGAGCCUCCAGCUGAGAUAUGCUACCCGAAGCCCAUCUCAAAGUCCUCCCUUACCCACACGGACUCAACCUUGCCCUAAGCAGUAGGGGUUGGAGGAAGUCCUCCUCCAUCUGCUUGGGCUCUACAAUCCAUGGGAACUUGAUCUUGGUGGCCCAAAGUCACCUUUCUUUGUGCACUUCCCAGCCUCCAAGGUGACUCUGAGCUGUGAGGACCAUCCACCCCUUGUCCUGGCUUUCUAGGCACUCAGGUCAGAGCCAGACAGGAAGCUGGAGGAGAAAGGCAGAUCUUU